UGACUGUAUACAUGGACUGUGGAAGCUCUCAGUAUUUAGACAGGAAAAAGACAGAAAGAAUAUACAAAUAGGAGAGAACACACCUAAAAGAAUGAGCUGUAAACAGCAAUCAGCUCACGUGAGUUUGUGAGGCUGCACUUCGAUCUCUGCGGUGCACCAGGCGCGGCAAUGGCUGCAGCAGCGAUGGAGGUGAUGGGUUUCUUGCUGGCCUUCCUAGGAAUGAUAGGUAACUUGGUAGCCACACUUCUGCCGUACUGGGAGACUUCAGCCCACAUUGGUUCCAACAUUGUCACCGCUGUGGUCAACAUGAAGGGCUUGUGGAUGCAGUGCGUCUACCAGAGCACCGGAAACUUCCAGUGCGAGACCUACAACACCAUCCUCGGUCUGCGGACGGACCUGCAGGCAGCCCGGGCCAUGAUGGUCAUCUCAUUAUUAUUGUCCGUGAUGGCCUGUGUUGUGUCCAGUGUGGGGAUGCAGUGCACCGUAUGUAUGGAUGGGUCUUCUGUCAAGGCAAAGGUGGCUGGAGCUGGAGGGUGCCUGUUUCUAUCAGCUGGACUUCUGUCCCUCAUCCCUGUAUCCUGGAAGAUCCAUGAGGUUAUUCAAACCUUCUAUCAGUACAGCAUCCCAGAAAGCCUGAAGUUUGAGAUCGGGGACUGUCUGUAUGUUGGACUUGCUUCUUCUCUUAUGUCCAUACUUGGUGGCGGACUGUUGAGCGUAUCCUGCUGUGAUGACCUAGAGGUAAGUCGAGGGUUCAGGCGCCAUGCUGGGGGUUACCCAUACCCUGACCGCACAGGAACUGGGGGGGCGGUCCAUGGUGGCUCGCAUUCCAUAACGUACCGUCCAGCCACCUUGCAGACUGGGAUCAACUUGAACCCAACCAACAAGAACCAGACCCUGGCCAGCCAAGUCAGUACCAGUAGCCACUCCACGCCGGCUGCCCACAGCUCCAGAAAACCUCCAAGGCACAAUGCCGCAGCUAGCUACGAUGUUACGGGGUAUGUCUGAAGAUUUGUUACUUGCUUUAUAUUUUUUCUUUUGUGCCAUCAACUUCAAAAGACUAAAGUGCUUUACAUUGGAGUGAGUGUAAUAGCCAACAGUGGCAUUAAGCUACAAGCAUUUAGGCAACUGAACUGAAAAAUGAAAGCUUCAUUUCUUUCUCCACAAACCAUGACAUAUCAUUUCAUGUUGAGAGACUCAUCCGCAAAUGAAAUGAAUGAAUACCUCUUAGUUCGUUUGCGUAAACACAGAGCUAAUGUUUCACAAUGACCUAUUUGGCUGCUUGACAGUAAAAAUAUAAUUUUUUAUAUGUUGAAAAUGAUUGAAGAUGCAUUUUCUAUGAUUAAAGAUUAAGAGCUUUAUUUUGUUUUUGCAAAAGACAAAAAUUGCGUUUAAAUGAAUUUUAUCAACAUCAUAAAUAAACAUGAUUGCUUGAUUACACAUCUGGGUUAACAUUCUUUAUAAAUUCCAUGUGCUCUAAUUAUAUACACAAUAAAAUAAGCAUGUCUGUGGGGCUACAGUAAAGAGUUGUCAUUAGCUUGUUUGUUUAUAACUACAUACAUGAAUUAAGUCAAUUAAAUUGUAGCCUCAUCUUAUUGGGUGAUGUGAUGUUCUUGGUAGACCAUGCUAACACCAUGUUUGUACUAACGUGCUAAGAUAAAAUAUUAGGUAUCAGUACUGUCUGGUUAUCUUAAAUGUGGAACAGUUAUCAGAAGCCAAAUGCUGUAUUAUCAGACUCUGUCUAAAUAGCCUUUAAUUAGCAAUACUUCCUUAUGAAAUG